AAUGGGCAAUGGAUAUAUGUUUGUCACAGCUCAAUAUAAGGUUAAGGCCAAACAACACUGCUGUUUCUAAUAACGUUUAAAAAAAAGUUGGUUGUGCAUCAUUGUUGGCUUUUUUUUCGAAAUAAUACUAAGCAUGUGGUGUUAACAUUUUUAAAAUAAUCGUUCAAACAAAAAGAAUCUAAAACUUUCCAUUUCAAAUAGAAAGGGAUCUUCAUUCAUGUGGUUUUCUUCGAAGUUAAACAUACAAAGUCUGAAGGGGAAAUUUUUGCUUUAUUAAUUCUAGAACUUGAUUAAAUUUAAUACAUUUUUCUAUGAAAAGUAUUUUUUUUUCCUUCCAUCAUUUGUUUUAUGAUGAUUACAAGUCUAGAUUUUCUUCAUUUUUAUGAAGAUGGAGGAGAAAAACCGGAUCUGAAUCCAACAUUCGAAGUCGUGCUAGAUGCACUUGCACCAGUUGCCAAGGAUGGCAUCCUGUCGGCGGAUGAUGGUGAGUCUGACCCAGCAGCUGCAAUACCAGUUGAGGACAGCACAGCUGAGGAAUUGAUGCUAGACAUGGUGGCAAAUACCAUCAGUCUAGGUGAAGUCGCACCUGCUGAGUCCAACCCGGCCCCUCCAUCAGAGGAAGCACAUCAUCGACAUCCAGGAAUUGUUCAGGAAUCAGAGGAAGUGACAACAAAAACUACAAAGGUGGACUCCAUCUUGGAGAUAGAGAAACAGAAACUGGCGCUGGAACAAGAGAGACUUCAGGUUGCUAAGGAGCAGCUGGAAGUUAGUAGGCAGAUUUCAGGUUCACUGGGUGAAAUCAGCCACAACUUCCAACUGUUCCUUUCCAACCUGUUGCUGAGGGAUCAAACUAAUUAAA